AAACAGAUUAAUAAUACCCAAAUAUUUUUUUGCUUCUAAAAAAAUUUAAUUCGAUCAUAAUAAUAAUUUAGUUUAUUUUUAAAAAAUAAAAUAUAAAAAAAAUGUUCAUUUUGUUUAUAAAGAAUGAAGGAAAUGCAAACCUUAUUUUAUUUAUUCUUCCCACUUCCCUGGUCCUUCCUUGACAAAUGUGCAUGAACUUCUUUCACCGUCGCCUACUCGGCCUUAGUAAACCCCAUGCAUUCAAACAUCUCCAUUACAGUCUUGCUCCAAAACCCACGCAUUUUGACUCUCAGUUUCCAACAAAGCAACCACCAUCUUCACAUCAUUCAAACCAAGACCCAUCUAAAACUAUAGCAACCCAAUUAUCUAACUGCACCAGUUUACAAGAAUUGAACCAAACUUAUGCCCAUGUUAUCCGCACCCACGUUCUAGACGUGUACACUGCCCCAUUUCAUUGGAACAACUUAAUAAGAUGUUAUACUAGACUUGGUGCUCCUAACAAAGCGCUACAAAUCUAUGUAUCCAUGUCCCAUGCUGGCAUCUCCCCUGAUAAUUAUACGCUUCCUAUUGUCUUGAAAGCCGCAUGCCAGUGUUUUUCUAUGGAGCUUGGUAGGCAGCUUCAUUCCAUUGCGAUAAGGCUUGGCCUUGAGUUGAACGAAUAUUGUGAGAGUGGUUUCAUUAGUCUGUACUCAAAAUCUGGAGAUUUUGGGGAUGCAUAUAAAGUGUUUGAGGAAAAUCUUGAGAGAAAGUUGGGUUCUUGGAAUGCUAUUAUUGGAGGUCUUUGUCAAGGUGGGCGUGCAAAGGAAGUAAUCGAGAUGUUUAUCGAGAUGAGAAGUUGCGGGUUCAAGCCCGAUGAUGUGACCAUGGUUAGUGUGACUUCAGCUUGUGGGAUAUUAGGGGAUUUGCACUUGGCCCUUCAAUUGCACAAGUAUGUUUUUCAGGCCAAAAGUUUUGUAAAACCUGAUAUGUUGAUGUUGAAUUCACUCAUUGACAUGUAUGGGAAGUGUGGUAGAAUGGACUUGGCUUAUAUGGUAUUUUCAAGGAUGGACCAAAGAAACGUAUCAUCUUGGACUUCGAUGAUAGUCGGUUAUGCGAUGCAUGGGCGAGCCAAUGAAGCUAUUGAAUGUUUUAGUUGCAUGAGAGAUGCCGGUGUGAGGCCUAACCAUGUGACUUUUAUUGGGGUACUAAGUGCAUGUGGGCAUGGUGGUCAGGUGCAAGAGGGAAGACAUUAUUUUGAUAUGAUGAGAAAUGAUUAUGGAAUAAUGCCCCGAUUGCAGCAUUAUGGUUGCCUGGUGGAUCUGCUUGGCCGAGCAGGGUUGCUGAAAGAAGGUAGGGAGAUUGUUGAGGGGAUGCCAAUGAAGGCAAAUGUGGUAAUAUGGGGGUGUUUGUUGAGCGCCUGUGAGAAAUAUUCAAAUGUGCAGAUGGGAGAGUGGGUGGCAAAGCAUUUACUAGACUUGGAACCUUGGAAUGAUGGGGUGUAUGUGGUUUUAUCCAAUAUAUAUGCUAGCAGAGGCUUGUGGCUAGAGGUUGAGAGAGUUAGAUUGAUCAUGAAGCAGCGAACGCUAGCUAAAAUCCCUGCUUAUAGUUUGGCAACAACUUCGAAUUGAAGGAUAAUUCAAAACAGAUAAAUAAGCAUAUCUCUGGAGAUGAUGGAGGGGGCAAUUAAUAAGAAGGACCAUCUUCCCUUGAAUCAAGAAGCUAAUAUACCUCUCUGAAAACUAGAGAUAGACUCCGAAUUAUUCCACCAGAUGUUCUGUGUGUGUUUUGUAGGCAGGGGGAGGAGACUCACAACCACAUUCUUUGCUUGUCAUUAGACCUCUCUGUUAUGGGGGGAAAUAAAGACUUGGCUAAGAAUAACAAGGAGUAUGUCCACUCUGAACAGUGCCCUUAGGGGAUUAAUCUCAAGAAAAAAGGCCCUUGAAGCUAGAAUGAGAAGAGUAUCUCUGGGUAUUGUCGUCUAUUUGAUUUGGGAGGAGAGGAACAAGAGGAUCUUUGACAAUACUUGACAUCCGGUGGAUGUUAUUUUCCACAAAUUCCAAGUAAUAUUCUACAUGAUUCUUCACUUUCAUGAACAAAAUCACUUCUCUCUCAAUGUAGGAUGAAUUGUGUCUGUUCUCUGUGAUGUCUGGAGUCUUAAGUCUUCUCAUCCUGUUGUUGCCUUGGAUGGUCCAGAGCUGUGUGCUUGGUCACUGCUGUAACAAGGUUUCCUCUGUUGCUCAAGUUUCUAUGAAAGCUUCUGGCGAAUUUUUUCCUAGAAAGAGCUCUCAGUCAGCUGAUUUGCUUCUCUGAUUUACUGGUUAUCUGGCGGGAUAUGUGGCAAUGGUACUGGCAUGUCCUCUAUCUCCAGUGUUUUGCUAUCAUAACUGGUGGUUCUGCCUCCCUGGUUUUAAUUGGCUAUCUGCUAAUGGAAGAUUAUUGCACUGGUGAUCUGCUCUGCUGCAUCUUGAUCUUUCCUUGUUCACGGGGGCUGCUGCUAAAUUCUCUGGUGCACAGCUUUGCUAAGUCACGGCUAGAGAGAGAAUCUGCUGUCUUUCUUUCCCUUUGGCCAUGGUGUCUGUUGCUGUCUUUCUUUCUUGCUGUUUGGUUUGAAAAUAUGCUACUUUCAUAUUGUCCUGCCUCCUCUCGGUAUUGCCAGCUAUCUUGGGAUCCUUGACUCUUGCCGGUUUGGAUGCCCUCUAGAUGCCCCUUGUAGCUGUUUUGCUGUUGUCUUUAUUAGUGGCACAUCCUCUCUGCUGUGUCUUCUGUCCUGAUCAUGCGGAUAUGCUGCUCCUCAUGCAUGGUGUGGUGUAGUUACUGGGCUUUGUCAGCCUUGCCGUUAGCUGCUUUGGAGUCAGGAUCUUCCCCCACACCCUUCCUGCCAUCUGGCCUAGCUGAUUUGGUUGUUUCCAAGCUGCUCCUUGUGUAAAGUCAGUGGCUGCUGAAGGCCUGUUGGUGCUGUGCUCCAUCUGCCGUUGUUCUUUGUGCUACUGCUGCUCUUUGUUUUAGCCUUGCUUUUGUCUACUUUGCUGGCGGUUGGGUUAAUUUUGACACCGGCAAUACUUGUUCGGUUUCUUCAUUAACCUUUGCUCACUAUGGAAUGUUUGGCCUUGCAUGGCUAAUCUUUUGCUGGGAGAUGUUCCCUCUUUGCGUUUAUUGAAUAUCAUAUAUAUGCUUCUCAUUCUCUGCUUCCCGGAUAGUUGGCCUAUGUAUGUAUAACCUGGCUCUAUUCAGUUUGGUUUUAAUUGGGAGUCUGUUCCCUUUUAUUUUCAUUACUUCUUGUAUAUGUAUCGAACUUGCUGAUUAACCAGCAUGGUUAUUUUUUAUCUUAA